AAUACUUGGAGCAAACUCAAUAGCAUGCAUGAGUCACAGUAAACAGACUCAUUGCUUACAGGAAGAACAGACAGAAACAAUCUGCUCUGCCCUCAAGCAAAGUCCCGAAUCUAAGCAAUCUCAACUUGAGAGGAAGAAUGGAAAGCUCAGAUGAGUACUAUGAUGACUAUGAUGAAUAUAACAACAACAGCAGCAGCAGCAGCUCAAACUUCAGCUACGAUGAUUAUCAGACCAUAUGUGAGAAGAGCGACGUGCGCUCCUUUGCCAGGAUUUUCCUCCCGGUCGUUUUUGGGUUGUGUUUGGUGAUAGGUCUAGCGGGGAAUGCCCUGGUUGUGGCGGUGUACGCUUACUGCAAGCAGCUGAAGACAAUGACUGAUGUGUUUAUAGUGCAUCUGGCCAUAGCCGAUCUGUUGCUUCUCCUGACGUUGCCCUUCUGGGCCGCAGAUGCGGUCCACGGCUGGCAGCUCGGAGUUCCUCUCUGUAAACUUGUCUCUUCCUUGUACACCAUCAACUUCACUUGCAGUAUGUUGCUUCUGGCCCAUAUCAGCCUGGAUCAGUACCUGGCUUUAAUGGCGGGAGACAGAAACAGAGGCCUUGCGCGAGUCUUUCGUAAGAACCACUCUAAAAAGCUUUGUGUUGCGAUCUGGAUCGUUGCAUGUUUUCUAGGCGUCCCUGAUUUAGUGUUUGCGACUGUCAAGGAACUGCAUCACCAAAAUAAUUGUCUGUCAACAUAUCCGUCGGAUAUGGCACACAGAGCCAAAGCCACUUUGGAGGUGUUGGAGGUCAUUAUAGGCUUCUUGCUGCCUCUGUUGGUGAUGCUUUACUGUUAUAUCUGUGUAGGCCGAGCUCUGGUGAUGCUGCCGGUGGAGAGGAGGUGGAGGAAGUGGAGGUCUAUCCGUGUGCUGCUGGCUAUGGUGGGAGUCUUCGUGGUCACACAGUUACCCUACAAUGUGAUCAAGUUCUGCCGGGCUAUGGACAUCGUGUACGCGUUUGUGACUCACUGUGGUGUCAGUAAACAGCUGGACAGGGCUACGCACAUCACAGAGAGCCUCGCAUUGACACACUGUUGUUUGAACCCCAUGCUUUACACCUUCAUUGGUUCAACUUUCAGACAGCACGUCAUGAAAUGUGCCAAAGGAUUCGGAGACAGAGGGAGAAGAUUAGCGCGCGUAAGAGAGCAACAGGAAAUAAACAUCUCCUUAAAUUCCCAUUCACAAUCCCGAGAGACCAGCACAUUUUCUAUUUGAACAUACCGAGCUGUUUGCCAGCCUGCGUGGAUUAUGCACUAUUUACAGUACAAACUGUUGAAAGAGUACAGUUUGUGUAACCAGAUGCUCUUUAUAUUGCUCUGCAAUGCUGUCACAAUAUGUAAUAGCUGAUGUAGUGUAUCAAAAACAACAACAAAAACAAUAUUUUCAGACGCAUCAUGGUGCCAUUGUGCAAAAUAUGUGUGCCACGCGAUUAAAUGUGCAUCUUUUUUUAGCCAACACCUGUAACGUAAAUUCAAAAUAUGUGUUAGGAGUGUUAUGUAUGUUGCUCGUGUUUUCAAAAUAUGUGUUUUUUGCGUCAUGUGAACCAUGUGCAUCACGUGUCUUGUCAAAAUAAGUGCCUGCUGCACAUGCGUCUAAACCGUUUAUGAUAAAAGAGACGCUCACGUUCACAAAGUACACGCAAGACACUCCCUUAACAGUAAACUCUGAUUACGCAUGAUGAGAUUAUGCAGAACACAUAUUUUGAAAUGACGAACACACACAUGAUGGGCUACAUACAUAUUGUGACGAACUUCGCAUAGUGCGCCUCGAAAAAGGAAGUCACCGGCUGCCACUGCUCAACACAGAAAGUUGUAUUUUUCACAUGAAAACCAAUAAAAACAUGAUAACCAUGCUACCUUCCCCGUUUCUGUUU